CGUUAAACACAUUACAAUGAAAAUUAUAUUGCUCGUCCUGUUAAGUUCCAGCCUUAUUUUAACCAUCAACGCUCGGCUGAUUGAAAAAAUAACCGAUCGAACAUUGACGACCGAAACGAAAACGACAGGAUCUUCUCCGCCGGUACGACUCACGAGGGAGGUGUUCGAUGAGGACUCGCUCAUUGGGUUCUCCAGGGAAGACAAUUUGCAGAGCGAUGAGUAUACGCGGACUUACAACAGAAGGGCUAGGCACUUCUUCAAAGCCAAGCCCAACACAGGUGCACCACCGUCUGCCAUCCGAGUACCAAGAGAGUCACAUGAAAAGGUAGAAAAAGUUACAAACAAAAAUACUACUACCAGCUCAACUCAUCCUGCUCAAAUAAAAACAAAGAACACCCUCGUGAAGAAACCCAUACCAAAAUACAACGAAAUGGACUACGAUGACGACUUCCAGAUGAAGAUAAGCCGAUCGCCGGUGCGAGUAGUAGAUUCUGGCGAACACGAAGAUGAAGAUUUUAAUCUCGACGACUAUGAUUUUGAUGUAAAUCAUGAUGAAUUUGUUGGUAGAGGUAAACCACUGGAACCAAGGACAAAAUCGAAGGAAACUAAUGAACGUUCACAACAAACAUCUGUUAAACAAGAAAGUAAACCAGCACCAGCUCCUCGUGAACUUAAAACACCAACUAAUAACAAAGUCCAUGCGCCUGCAUCACAUCGGCCCGUUUCAAACAAAAAGGAACGAGCAGUUGACAGUGUACCCAAGAAUGUAGUCGAAAAAGAUGAUUACUACGAUGAUUCCACUUCUACUAAAGCACCUGAGAAGGAGAAGGCACGUGAUAUGGACGACGAAUUUAAUGAAGAAAAUGAAGAAAGCAAAGAAUUCGAUGGCAAAUCUGUUAGAAUGAUCAGAUCACCAUGGAAAGUUAAUGCUUAUGUUGAUAAUUUGGGAGAUAAAACGUCUUCGGUAAUGAGUAAAGUACUCAGCAUUUUACCAAUGUUCCCUCAAAUUCCAAAUAAAAAUAAUGGUGAAGCAAGUCGUCUAAGGAUGGACUCCUAGUCUGCCUGCCUUUUUUCGAAAUAAGUUAACUUAUUUUCAGUUAUUAGGUUAUUUUUUUUACUUGCCUAUUGUGAAUA